UGACGUUUGGUGCUCGGAUGAGCCGUGAGUGGGGCCCGUGGCCACGGCUGAGAAGUACGCUGAUGUUUCCUUUCUAUUUUACGCCCGCUUGGCUUCCUGUAACAACUGAGGAACUGCGUGGACAUAAUGUUAUCUGGUUUCCAGCUAUACGUAAACAAUCCCUAAGGACCGAAAGUAGAACUUGCCCCAUCUUUUGUGUCUGGUUACUGAGGAAUUUUAGCUUCAACUGGAGGUUUGGAUCCGGAAAAGAUGUACGGGGUUGAUAAGCACUGAAGACAGUGAGAAGGGUCAAGUAGCUUUGGCUUCGAUGGGGAAAAUGCUUCCUGUGCUGUUUGUAGCACAAAUUCCCUCUGCUCCGUGACACAGAGGUGCAGUUUCAGUGAAAACUUGGUUGAUUUCAGAAAGGCUUGUGAGACUGUAUUUCUUGGAGAAUCGAUGCGAAAGACUGCAGGUGGCGUGCUCCCAUUUUGUAGGUGUGUUUUUAAUCCGCGCUGGCUGAACGUCCGCUCAGUGGAUGGACUUGCUCCUGGAUGAGGUGGCGGAGACGGCUGGCGGAAAUGGACUCUGAUUUUGUCUGCCAGAUUUCCUGAUGCCGUAGCAGGAUGGACCCGGGCUGGGGAGGUGAAGGACAGUAACCGGGGUCGAGACCUAGAGAAAGCUAUGGGUGAGGUGUGUCCAGAACAGAAGGGUUCCAAAAAUCUCGCUCGGGAUUCCGGAUAUGACAGCCUGCCCAGUAAGCUCAGCAUACUGGAUAAACUCCUGCACACGCACCCCGUCUGGUUGCAGCUUGGCUUGGAUGAUGCCGAAGCGGCGGAUGUCCUACGGCCUCACCCUCCCGGAACAUUCCUCGUUAGGAAGUCCUCAAGAAUGCAGAAGAAAGUCUUAUCUCUGCGUCUACCCAGUGAAUUUGGGUCAUGCCUCAAGGAGUUUGCAAUCAAGGAAAGCACAUACACCUUUUCCUUGGAAGGCUCCGGAAUAAGCUUUGCAGAUUUGUUCCGGCUCAUCGCUUUCUACUGUAUCAGCAGGGAUGUCCUGCCCUUCACGCUGAAGCUGCCCCACGCCAUCGCCUCAGCAACCACGGAGGCUGAACUCGAGCAGGUGCUGCAGCUGGGACCAAGUAAGUGCGCCUGUCGGGCCGGCCGAGCGGAUUUAGCUCCGUCGCUGCGGAGGGCGGCAGAGACGGUGGCACCGCCUGAAGGAGCGACCGUCUCCGGCCUGGCGCUUUUACGGGGUGCGGAGAUGGCGAGGGCCCCCCGGGCAGGGCAGGGCCGCCCCAGUGGGGUGCUUGAGCGACUCUGCGAGCGGCCACAUUGCGGAGCCCUCCGGGCAGUUUCCUUUCCGAAAUCUGCUUUGAGAUGCGAGGGAGGUCUGCAGGGCAGGGGCUGGGCUCCGCCAGGCUCUGCUUUUCUGCUGGUCGGAGGGCUGGUGGCCGACGCUCGGGGGCCAGGUCCUGCCCAGGGGUCCCUUGCGGUAGGCGUGCUGUUCUUUCUCGUCGCCGCCUUGGUGCCCGCAGCCGGCGAGCCGCUAAUGGGGGAGCGAUUUGCUUGUCUUUCGUUUCUUGGCUCAGUUGCUCAUUCUCGAUGGUUGUCGUGAGUGUCAGCAAGCUGCAGUUUAUCUUCGUUUCAUGUCUGGGAGUCAGGUGAUCCGGGUUCAAGUCCCCACUCUGGGCCAGUCACAGACCCUCAGCCCGACCUACCUUGCAGGGUUGUUGUAGUGAGAAUAAGAUUAAUGGGGGAGUAGAAUGACGUAAGCUCCCCUGGAGUUAUUUGGAAGGAAAAAAAAGGCAGGGAUAUAAAUAUAGUAAGUAAAUGAAACUUACUUACCCACUUCACUACCACUUUCCUAGGCUAAUUUGUGAACCCACUUUCCUAGGCUAAUUCUCAGAGGGCAUCCGUUCCUAAACAUACUUACCAAAGGAAAUGUAUUUUGGCUUGAGGCGUUUCCUAGGCAAAAUUGUUCAUUACAUAUCUAAUAACUGCAUCCUUUACUUACCUGGGAAGUUUGGAGUGGUUAAUCAGCCGCAGCGUGUGAGUGCCAAGGGGCUUGAGUAGCCCCCCAUCAAGUUCGGUCUGUGGCAGGAGCAUGGAAGAGAUUGAACUUUCCUCCUCCAAUCCGGUGAUCCCUCACCUUAUUACUCAGACAUAAGACUGUUCUGUGCAAUUACGAUGAGGGAUACUUCUAAAUAGUGGCUGGUUAACCCUUUCCUGGGGUGUGUUUAUUAGCAGAUCAGAUAACAAUUAAGAAUGGGAGGUAUCCACUGAAUUAACGAGAGUUUACAACUAGCCCUGCUUAGAAACCGGGGCAGGCUUUCUAGCCAAUUCCCCAAGAAUUGAGCUCCCAUAAGGACAAGCUUGAGCUGUUCCGUCUUGCUUAUUGACUGAUGAACAAAAGUUUGUUUGUUGCUUCUGAGCCAUUCUUGAAACAGCUGCGGCGCUUGGACUGUUCCUCUCUCAAAAUGCCCCAACCUGAAUUUGAAGGAUGAAGCUACUGUUAGAACCUGGCAUCCAAACACAAAAUAAAAUUAUGCAAGGAUGAAAGGGGGAAAUUUAGUCAUAGUUGGCCUAGUUAGGCAAAAUGUCCUAUCCCCGCUCUUAGGUAAAUAACUGCAUUUAUUAUUUUGCUGGAAAGGUCUUGAAGACUUCCCUUCCCUUCCACCCACAGCAGUUCCCAACUAAUCCCCAGACUGGGUGAACCAGAUUCUUAAGCAGGAGUGAAUUCAAAUUCAUAAUUGCAGUGUGUCAUCUAGGUGAUUCCCACGAAAACACGAACUACGAAAGCUUAUAUGCACUGCAAGACAUAUAAGCUUUUGCUUGUUGCUGUGAUUUGCAGUGGCAUAUUUACGUUAUAUAUUUAUAUUUAUGCAGACAAUGAGCAAGAGCGUAUAAUUCUGGGCUCCACAGUUGAAGAAA